AUGAAAAAGAAAUAGUAAAAAAGAAGUUCAUCAUCAUCUUCAUCUACAUCUAGAAGUAGAGAAGAUGAAGUUAAGAAUUACCGUUCUAAGGUUUCAUAUUAGGAGUAUUUACUUUAAAGAAAACAAAGAAGAGAAUCAAUUAAAAAAUCAAAUAUAUGGUAAUUUAAUAGUGAUUCUGAAGAAGUUCGAAAAGGUCUAAAAUGUUAUAAUAUAUUAAGAUUUGGAAAUAAUGAAAGAAUAAAGAAGAUAACAAAGAUUUAUAAUAGAAGAAUAGAUGAAAUAAGAAGAGGAUAAAUUAAGAAGAGCUAAAUUGGAUGCAAUUAUGAAAGGAGAACAUUUAUAAAAAGUGCUUCCAUCAAAAUCUUAAGAAAGAGAACAAUAAUCUUAAUAAAAAGAAAUUGUAAUUUAAGAAGAAGUAUUAAACCAACAAGAUGAAAUAGAUUAAGAAUAAGAUUAAGAUUAAGAAUAAGAUGAAGAAGAAUAAUAGUAAAUUAUAAAAUAUAUUAAUUAAGUUAUUCAGAAACUGAUUCUGAUGAUUCAUUUGCUGAAAAAGUUAGAAAAUUAAAUGAAGAAAUGUAAAAGAAAAAAGAAGAGAAUGAUAAAUCUUGUUAAAUAGGUCCAAUGCCACUUUUAUUUGAUAAAAACUUAUAACAUAGAACUAAUUAUGGUAGUCAAUUAUUACCAGGAGAAGGAGCAGCAAUUGCAUAUUAUAUUCAAUCAGGAAAACGUAUUCCUAGAAGAGGAGAAGUUGGUUUGACAUCUGAAGAUAUAGAAAAAUAUGAAGGAUUAGGAUAUGUUAUGUCUGGUAAUAAACAUAGGAAAAUGAAUGCUGUUAGAUAAAGAAAAGAAAUGCAAAUUUUAAAUGCUGAAUAAGGUAAGGCUCUGAUGAUAUUCAAUUAUGAAUAAAAAGUUAAAAGAGAAAAACAAAUUAUUGAUUAAUUGCAAAAAUAACUCAAAUUAAAAUAAACAAAUUAAGCAAGUUAAUGA